UUAAUUGCGAAAAGAAGAAUCUGCACGAGUGAAAACUAUAUAGGAAAUAGAGAAACGAGCCGAAAGGGUUAAGAGUGAGCAGGACUCAUAACUCGGAGGCAAUGAAUGAAAAGCAAAAGAAAAAGGAAAAUUGUUUCAGGCAAAAGGCGGGUGCGAGAGAAGCACAAGGUAAAUGGAAGCCUUCAUAGGAAAUGGGAGGUGCUCGGCGGCGGAAGGGUCAAGAGGGAAGGCGCCGAAAGAGCGCUCAAACUUGGAGAAGAGAGGGUUCCGCACCCACGCGAUGGCUGCCCAAGGGGGUGGGAGCCGCGUGCCCCUCGCCACAGCAGCAACGUUGGCCAUCAGCGCGCGGGCGAACGCGGGCGGCGUGGUGGCGGCGGCGGCGCGCUAGCGGCGGCGGCGGCGUUGCGGGGCCCCGCGGGCGCCCUCGUAAGAGCCACGCCGCUCAAUCGCGGGCUCCGGACUCCUCGCUCCCGGAGGGUCUGGACCGCUGCUCCAGCGUCACCGCGGCCGGCCGCUUUGCCUCGGCGUCUGCACGUCGCAACGAACGUCGCCACGCGAUGAGCGGGUUGUGCACCAGCGCCUGCCGCCUCGUCGUGCUGGUAGCUGCGUUGUGCUGGCCGCCUGCUUUGCCGCUCGUACCCGGGGGAGUUUCUUCCCGAGCGGAUGAUCUUGAUAUUCUGGACGAGCUCCUCAAAAACUACGAUCGAAGAGCCCUGCCGAGUAGCCACCUCGGGAUUCCAACUAUUGUGUCAUGUGAAAUAUACAUAAGAAGUUUCGGAUCCAUAAACCCAUCAAACAUGGACUACGAAGUCGACCUCUACUUCCGGCAGUCGUGGCUCGAUGAGCGGUUACGGAAGUCCACGCUGUCUCGUCCGCUUGACCUUAAUGACCCAAAACUGGUACAAAUGAUAUGGAAACCGGAAGUGUUCUUUGCGAACGCGAAGCACGCCGAGUUCCAAUACGUGACUGUACCUAACGUCCUAGUUCGGGUUAACCCGACGGGAGAAAUCCUGUACAUGCUGCGGUUAAAACUAAGGUUUUCCUGCAUGAUGGAUCUGUAUCGGUAUCCCAUGGAUUCCCAAAUCUGCAGCAUCGAAAUCGCCUCUUUUUCCAAAACCACCGAGGAACUCCUGCUGAAAUGGUCUGACAGCCAGCCUGUUGUUCUCUUCGAAAACCUCAAGUUGCCCCAGUUCGAGAUAGAGAAAGUGAACACGUCAUUAUGCAAAGAAAAAUUUCAUAUAGGAGAAUAUAGUUGCCUGAAAGCCGACUUUUAUCUCCAGCGUUCCCUGGGCUAUCACAUGGUGCAGACGUACCUUCCGACCACGCUUAUCGUGGUGAUAUCGUGGGUGUCUUUCUGGCUCGACGUAGACGCCAUCCCCGCCCGUGUCACCUUGGGUGUCACCACGCUGCUCACCAUCUCGUCAAAGGGUGCCGGCAUCCAGGGCAACCUGCCACCUGUGUCGUACAUCAAAGCUAUGGACGUCUGGAUAGGAUCGUGCACGUCCUUCGUAUUUGCAGCCCUUCUCGAGUUCACAUUCGUCAACUACCUCUGGCGGCGGCUGCCGAAUAAGAGGCCCUCCUCUGAGCGUUUCCAGUUCAAGCGCAACAUCUACGUUGCACGUGAAUGUUGGAGCUUGAUCCGUCUGAGGGCACCGAUGAAAUACACUGGAAACGUACGCAAGUACCGUUUAACAUGUUAUUAAUUUGCUGA